AUGUGUGAACCCCUACCGAGCCUCACUUUUUGUGUUGAAGGUGCUUGCCUUAAAAUGGAGCUUUAUAGUAACAACAUAAGUGGACCAAUUCCUAGUGAUCUUGGGAAUCUUACAAACCUGGUGAGCUUAGAUCUGUACUUGAACAGAUUCAGUGGUCCAAUACCAGACACAUUGGGCAGGCUGACGAAGCUGCGAUUCCUUCGGCUUAACAACAACAGCCUCUCUGGUACAAUUUCUCUGUCCUUGACUAAUCUUUCGGCUCUUCAGGUCCUGGAUUUAUCAAACAAUCGAUUAUCAGGACCAGUUCCAGACAAUGGAUCAUUUUCAUUGUUCACUCCUAUCAGUUUUGCUAAUAACUUGAACUUAUGUGGGCCGGUCACUGGGAAACCCUGUCCCGGAUCUCCUCCAUUUUCGCCACCUCCGCCAUUUGUUCCACCAUCAACAAUUGCAUCACCAGGAGGAAACACUGCAACUGGAGCAAUUGCUGGAGGAGUAGCUGCUGGUGCUGCUUUACUGUUUGCUGCCCCAGCACUUGGGUUUGCAUGGUGGCGCCGAAGGAAACCUCAGGAAUAUUUCUUUGAUGUUCCUGCUGAAGAGGAUCCGGAAGUUCACUUGGGACAGCUUAAGAGGUUUUCUUUGCGAGAAUUACAAGUUGCCACGGAUAGUUUUAGCAACAAAAACAUACUUGGUAGGGGUGGAUUUGGUAAGGUGUACAAGGGACGCCUAGCUGAUGGUUCUUUAGUAGCAGUCAAAAGGCUUAAAGAAGAGCGCACUCCGGGUGGGGAGUUGCAGUUUCAAACUGAAGUAGAAAUGAUUAGUAUGGCUGUGCAUCGGAAUCUUUUGCGACUGCGUGGUUUUUGCAUGACACCGACUGAACGGCUACUUGUUUAUCCAUACAUGGCUAAUGGAAGUGUUGCAUCAUGUUUAAGAGAACGUCCACCAUCGGAACCACCACUUGAUUGGCCAGCUAGAAAGAGAAUUGCAUUGGGAUCUGCAAGAGGGCUUUCUUAUUUGCAUGACCACUGUGACCCUAAGAUUAUUCACCGUGAUGUGAAGGCAGCAAACAUCUUGUUGGAUGAAGAGUGUGAGGCUGUGGUUGGUGACUUUGGGUUGGCUAAACUUAUGGACUACAAGGAUACACAUGUUACAACUGCUGUACGUGGCACCAUCGGGCACAUAGCCCCUGAGUAUCUCUCCACAGGGAAGUCAUCAGAGAAGACUGAUGUCUUCGGGUAUGGUAUUAUGCUCUUAGAGCUAAUAACUGGACAGAGGGCUUUUGAUCUAGCUCGGCUUGCAAAUGAUGACGAUGUUAUGCUGCUAGAUUGGGUUAAAGGCCUUUUGAAAGAGAAGAAGUUGGAUAUGCUGGUUGAUCCUGAUUUGCAAACCAAUUAUGUUGAAGCUGAAGUGGAGCAGCUAAUCCAAGUAGCACUGCUCUGCACACAAGGCUCCCCGAUGGAUCGGCCUAAGAUGUCCGAGGUUGUAAGGAUGCUUGAAGGCGAUGGUUUGGCGGAAAAAUGGGAUGAGUGGCAGAAGGUGGAGUUCAUCCGCAAAGAGAUUGAAUUGGCCCCACCUCGGAAUUCUGAAUGGCUUCUUGACUCCACUGACAAUCUCCAUGCCAUUGAAUUGUCUGGUCCGAGAUAACGUUAAUUACAAGUAGAGAAUGAAAUUAUUUUCUGUUUCUUUUUUUUUUAAAUCUUGUUUUGCUAGCCUUUUAUUCUCCUGUAAGUCCAUUGUGUAUCCAAUAGUAUUUGUUGCAAUCUGUGCAUAUGAAUCUCACUGAUGAUCCCAUGUCCUGGACUCUGUGCCGCUAGCAGUUUCUGACCUUUCUGUGUGGCACAAGGACCAAGAGCCCAGGAGAAGCAUACAUGUUACUAUAUGUAAUUCUCAGGUUCUGUUUAAAUUGUAAUCUGAGCAAAGAUGUAUUGUCGUAGGAUAAAGAUGUAUGAUCAGAGGGGUUUCUGUCAUUUUAGUGAUUUUCUUUCCUGGACAUUUCACUCCAUGCAAACAUUGGAAUUAGUUUUCUGAUAGUGUCAAGGUGCAUGUAAAAUUAAUACAAUACACCUCUGGCUAUUCUUGCUUCAUGCUUUUACGUUUGUCGAUUAUGUCGUUAGGGGUUCUCUCUGAUUGCUUAAGAUUUUCAAGGAUAUCGUUG